AUGCUAUUUGCUCGAGCCAGAUCUGCUAGCACAAUUGCAAUCGAUCAUCUCUACGUUCAUCCGCAAAAUGUGAGUUUUUGUGAAGUUUUCGACGUCAUUAAAAUCAUCAAAUAUUCCAACCGACUUCCGCUAACUAAGAAUCCUUUCUUGGUUCUUCCACCCAUUUUUCGCUCUUCUUUUUUUCCAUCGUUGCUUCUUAGGCUUAGAUAAUUUGAUGUUGUUGCCUUUCAAGUGUACCGCUUGAUUGGUUCUAUUGACACCCAAGUUUUGCACCCAACACAUACACACAAAAAAUCUCUCCGAAAAAAGUUGUUUUUGUUGAGUUGUCUCUCUCACUCUUUUCUCACAUAUCUAGAUAAAAAAUGAGACGACUUCGUCAAUCUGACGCCGAUGUUUAUUUCUACGAUCAGCCGAUUCCUAUUCAAGAGAUAAGAGGAAUUCAUCGAGCUAGUGUUGUUUCUUUUUCGCCGACACCGUGGGUUGGUUAUUUUUUUUAGCAAGAUAGAUAGUUUGAAUUUAGAAGUUGUGUGUUGGAAAGGAUCUCUAGGCACGGGUCCUUCAAAAAUAGGCUCUCUAGGCUUAGCUACUUGGCAACUAGGCUUUCUAGGCUUGGCUACUUGUGAGAGAAGAUUUCAAAGCGCCAUAACUGCAUUUCCUAUCUUAAUUUAUCCUAUGACUGAAAAACAUUAAGAUUGAGGUCAAAGUUCUAUGAUUUUCAAUUUUUUUCAAGUUAAAGGCGGUCAGACAGCUAUUCCGGUUGACGGAGACCACCCACGAAGCCUCUGACUUUAACGGGGCUAAAUUUGAACCAAACAAAAGAUAGAGAUGAAAUAUUGUGAAAAUAUGAAACUCCAAAUCUUUCUGUGCGAAAGUGCUUUCACUGGUUCGUUUCAUAAUAAACUAUUUUUGACACUAAGCUUUGAGGAAAACCGGAAUAAUUGUCUAACUGCCUUUAAAUCACAUUAUCUGCAGAAAUUUUAGCGGAUUUUGUUCAGAAACUGUUUCUGUAACUUCAAAAUCAGUCAUUUGAUAAUUUUUUGUGUGAAAUGUGUCAUAGGAUGAAUUAUUGACCAAAUUUAUUUUCCUGAAGUUUUCUGCCUGAAAAAUUUACAUUUCUCAUUUCUCGUAGGGUUUUCGGUUAUUCUUCAAAGUAGGGUUGUGGUUACAUAUAUCCAAAAAUAUUCCAAACAUUCCUUUUCUAUACCAGGAACAUCGACUAUCAGUCCAUGAUCCAACAUCUCUCAAUUCCAAUCAUUUAUUGAUUCAACAACGCGCAAGCGGAUCUCGAACCGAUAUUAUGUCGACAGAUGAUGAAACAAGAAGUAGUAGUCAGCAAGGUUAUGAUAAUAAAUUUUCAAAAAUCUAUAAAUUUGAAUUUUGCAGAACCUCGACGAAAUGGAUAUCGUCGAAAAAGUCGACCGGAAUCAAUAAGGCGAAGGAAAUCGGAGGAGCGAGAAUCGCGUAGAAAAAUUGAGAAAUCGCAUACUUGCGAAUUGCAUAGAGUAAAUAAGGAUCACUACUAGCGCCAGCGAAGACCUUUUGCAUCAAAAUAACCCAAAAAAAAUUGUUUUUUAAUUCCAGGAGCCAUCUACCAAACAAUCAUCGGUCUCGAACUACAAUAAUCAGCGUCGAGAGAUCAGUCGAAGUCAUUCCGAACAUGGCGGAGAUCGAGCUGGAUCCAAUAAAGUCAACAAAAGUAUCAAUCGAUUUUCGAACUUUGUGAAAUCUGGUAUGGAAGCCUAUGUGAUUGGUGAAUCGAAAAUGACAACACCGGCCAGUGAAACACAUGAAAUUGUGAAUUUGAAUGGAAUUAUUCAAUGGAAACCGAUACAAAAAUAUUAUCAUUGUAUUGUGGAUAAACCGAAAAAAGAAUCGAAAUUGAAGGGAUUGAAGAGUUUUAUCGCUUAUUCGCUUACCUCAAAUUUGACCAAUAUUCAGGUGAGCAAAAAAAUCGGGGAUGCAUUUUUAGACUUGAUUUUUGAAUUCUAGAGCCAUUUGAGCUCUGUGGAAUAUUCCAAAAUUCGUUUUUUUGCAGGUUUCCCGUAGAUAUAAACACUUUGAUUGGCUCCACGAGCAAUUAUCGGCAAAAUAUGUCUUAAUUCCAAUUCCACCGCUUCCCGAAAAACAAGUAGCUGGUAGAUAUGAAGAAGAUUUGAUCGAUCAUCGAAAACAUAUCCUUCAAUUAUGGGUCAAUAAAAUUUGUCGUCAUCCAGUUCUAAGUCAAUCCGAAGUUUGGCUUCAUUUCAUCAGUUGCACCGAUGAAAAAGAUUGGAAAUCGGGAAAACGAAGAGCCGAAAAGGAUGAAUAUGUUGGAGGGAGUUUUUUGAAUUGUAUAACGGCACCCGCGCAAAAUUUGGAACAAAGUAGUGUGGAUCAUCAGGUGGAACGAUUUCAGAAAAGUGUCAAGACUUCGGAAGAGGCGAUGAGAACUAUGCAGGAGAGAAUGCUGAUUUUUCAAAAAGCUUUUGCUGGACGUGAGGAUUUUCGGGGAAAAUUUGAAAGAAUAUGGAAUAAUUUGAGAAUUUUUGCAUGAAAUGAAAAAAAUUUGAACCUGAAAUUCAGAAAAAAAUCAAUUUUUUUAAAAUUCUCGCGCUUAUUUUCCGGUCAGAAAAAUUUUUUGAUUUUGAAAAUCAGAUUUUUGAAACAAAAAUGUUUCAUUUAAAGUUUAGGUUUGUGGAGAAUUUCAAAAAUCGAUCCUUGAACCCACAGUUUUGAACCUAAAAUCAUACUUUACAUUUUUUCCAGCUGUCAAACAAAAUUGGCAAAAAAUGGGCGGUGCAUUCAAAACUCUUCAACAAUCCUUUGAAAUUGAUGAUACUAUAAGUAAGUUUCUCAUUUCUUUUUCAGAACCCCACCCUCAAAAAUUAAUUUUUUUUUCCAGCAAGUCGAAAAUUGACAGACGCUUUAGCUCACAAUGCUUCAGAAUAUUUUGAAAUUGGUCAAUUAUUUGAUGCGCAUACAAAAAAUGAUAUGGAACCAGUUCUUGAAAAUCUAUAUUCAUAUAAAGGAACCGUCCAAAAUGUGCCGGAUAUUCUACAUGUACAUAAACAAGCGAUUCAAAAGUUUCGCGAAUCGGAAGGUCGACUUUCAGCAGCGGAAGCUGAUAAAAUGCGACAAAGAAUUGAUACAUUAAGCUAUGCUGUAAUUGCUGAAAUUCAACAUCAAACCCAGGAAAAAGUGGAGGAAAUGAAUACAACAAUGGGAACAUAUUUGAAAAAACAGGCGGCGUUUUAUCAAGAUGUUGCACAAAGAAUGUCGAAUUUAGCUUCGAAAUAUGAAUAA